UUGACGCACACUUGGGCAGUCGAGAAGGGCAGAAAGGCUAGCACUGGUUGGUGGAUGGGGACAGAGAUCUAAAUCCUCUUCUUCCUGGGUGUGAGUGUGGAGGAGGAAGGGGGUCCAGAGAGGCAAGAAGGACAGGAAAGGAAAAGGAGAGUGCUUUUCGGUCAAUUUUCACCUCCUGCCUUCAAAUUCAGUGCGCUUUCCUCUCGGAAAGGACGCUGGGUUCAGGGCGCGCGGGUGCGCGCCUUAGCGGCCCGCGUGCGGCCAGGUGGGUAGCCCCAGCACCGGAGGAAGGGGAAGUUACCUUCCCCUCGGAAGAGGGCGCUGGCUCCCCCAUCCUGCCUUUAUAUUAAGGCCGCGGGAGGAGAGGAAGCAGCCAGCUGCCGUCUGCGCUUAGCAAAGCAUGCAGUUAGGGGAGCAGCUCUUGGUGAGCUCGGUGAACCUGCCCGGCGCGCACUUCUACCCGCUGGAGAGUGCGCGAGGCGGAGGCAGCGGGAGCGCAGGCCACCUCCCUGGCGCGGCCCCCUCGCCUCAGAGGCUGGACUUAGACAAAGCGCCCAAGAAGUUCCCUGGCAGCCUCUCGUGCGAGACUGGGAGCGGGGAGCCCACAGCCGCCAGCGCGGGGGCCCCCGCGGCCAUGCUCAGUGACGCGGACUCCGGGGACGCCUUCGCCAGCGCCGCGGCGGUGGCCAAGCCCGGGCCCCCGGACGGCCGCAAGCUCCCCCUGCGGGGAAGAGGAGCUGCCCUCAGCCGCCGCCGCCGCCGCCGCGGCCGCAGCCGCCGCCGCCGCCGAGAGUCCCAGGGCUGUGGGGCCGCGAAGCCCCUCCCUGGCCGCACAUAUAUAAAGCAGCCAAUGACAGCCUGCAAGUUUCCAAGUGGUCAACUUGACGCACACUUGGGCAGUCGAGAAGGGCAGAAAGGCUAG